GACUGGUGUAUAUCUCGACAACUUUGGUGGGGCCACAGAAUCCCGGCUUAUUUUAUUACAGUUAAAGGAGAGAAAGAAGUGGAUGAUAGCUGUGACGAUUAUUGGGUUUCUGCACUGUCUGAGCAGGAGGCGAUUAUCAAAGCUUGCAAAAAACUGAACCUUCCUGCAGAGCGGAUUCAUCUACGACAAGACGAGGAUGUUUUGGACACAUGGUUUUCAUCCGCGCUGUUUCCGUUUUCCGUUUUUGGUUGGCCUUCUCAAACUCAAGAUCUUAAAAACUUUUACCCCGGCAAUCUAUUGGAAACUGGAUACGAUAUUCUAUUUUUCUGGGUAGCGCGCAUGGUGUUUUUCGGGCAAAAGCUGACUGGUCAGCUGCCAUUCAAAGAAGUUUAUCUGCACUCGGUUGUACGCGAUGCUCACGGCAGAAAAAUGAGCAAAUCUUUAGGAAACGUGAUUGACCCGCUUGACGUGAUUCGCGGUACUUCGCUUCUAGAGCUGUUCAAUAAGUUAGGAUUCGGCAACCUCGAUGCGAAUGAAAUUGCUCGAGCGGAAAAGGGACUACGACAUGACUAUCCUGACGGAAUACCGGAGUGCGGUACCGACGCUUUACGAUUCGCUCUCUGUGCCUAUACCGGUCAAGGUCGGGACGUGAAUCUGGACGUGCUACGCGUAGAGGGCUAUCGUCAUUUCUGUAACAAGAUCUGGAAUGCGUUUAAGUUCACACUAAUGACACUCGGGAAUACCUUUAUUCCGGUUGAUCGUUUCCACCUUUUUGGAGUCGAACGCGUUGUGGACCUGUGGAUUCUGAGUCGUCUAAGUGCUUGCGUCAAAGCUGCCGAUGAAGGAUUUUCGCAAUAUGAUUUCAGCAAGGUUACCACAGCGUGCUUCAGCUUUUGGCUUUACGAAUUUUGUGAUGUCUACUUGGAAAGCGUCAAGCCAGUAAUGCAGUGCGGUGACGACUUGUUGAUAGACUGUUGCCGUCAAAUCCUCUAUUUUGUAAUGGACACCGCUCUCCGACUCAUAUCGCCGUUCAUGCCAUUCAUCACUGAAGAAUUAUGGCAACGUUUGCCAUCGUUAGCUCAUGUUCAACGAUCCGAAAGCAUCUGCGUCGCGAAAUAUCCGACACCGAAAGAGUAUUGCUGGGAGAACGUCGAUGCCGAACGUCAAAUCAGCCUCGCCAUGUCAAUUGUCAGAUCAACGAGGGCUGUUAGAGCGGAUUACAAUCUGACCCCGAAGGUCAGAACCAAACUGUUCAUUACGCCAGUAGACGACGCGGUUGCCGAUGAUAUUCGGCAGUGUGAAGACCUUAUUGCUACUCUGUCCUUGUCUAGCAAUGUAGAACAGCUGUCGAGCACUAUCUUUCCUGCGGGAUGCGCCACUUACCCAAUCGGUAGCAAGUGCAACAUUCACGUUCUUCUGCAGGGUCUAAUCGAUAUAAAUCUCGAGGUAAGCAAGCUCACCAGCAGGAGAGAAAAGCUUAUAAAUCAGUUAGAUGCAUUUAAAAAAGUAAUGACGACUGUGGACUAUGAAGAAAAAGUGCCGAAACAAGUCAAGGAAAGUAACAUCACGAAAGAGGCGGAACUGAAAAGCGAGUUGACUCAUAUUGAGGAAAGUAUCUCCGCACUCGUUGGUAUGCUUGAAAACACAGAACGACAUCUCUAA